GAAACUCUCUAGCUGAUAUUCUCUCCAAACAGAAAGACUUUAUUAGACUUUGAGACUAUGGAAAAGUCCACUAUGCUAGACUUUGCGGUUUGCGUUCCCAAUAGUUCUGUGACACAAAAGCGCCUCCCUGCCAUUUACGUUGAGAAUGAUGCUAGACGUCGGAACUUGCAAGACACUGCUGAAAUCGAGGCAUUCAAUACGCUACCCAAAGUUGCACGGGAUAGCUCAUUUCAACGUUAUUUGGCGUUUUUCGAUCGAGAUGAUGAUAGUCGUGUCUCACUGUUCGAUAGCUUCGUGGCCUUUCAUGAUCUCGGUUUUAACACUCUUUUCUCUUUUUUGAUUGCAACUUCGAUGCACAUGGCUAUGUCAUUACCGACUAGUCUGGCCACGCGAGGCCGAAUUGAUCCAUUUCUGGCCAUAUAUUUCGGGACGGUCGUAAAAGCCUUGCUGCUCCAACUUUGGGGGCAUACCUUGUUCGAUGCCGAAGGUCGAUUCCAAGAAGAGGUCUUUGAGAGGCUAUUCUCCAAGAGUAGCAAAGAAGAGCCAGACUAUCUCACGUUGAGCGAGGCCUAUGACUUUGUUAAACGGCGGAGAGAGCCUUCGAGUCCUAUAGGUUGGAUCCUGGUCAUUGCUGAAUGGCAUGUCAUAUGCCUUCGGCAACGGAAUAGGUUACUGAGCCGCACCGGUUUGCGUCAGAUAUAUGAUGGAUCCGUGCUCUGGGAACUUCGGAAGCAACAAAGAUCUCAUCACAGAUAUUGGCCCGAUUACCAUGCUAUUUCGCAUCCUAUAGAGGACCUUACGAACCCUGCCUAUUGGCCGCCCGUGAGUUCAAGCUUUUGUAUCGGUAUACAAUGCUAUACUAUUUUCGAGUUAUUAACGCUUGCCUAGGCGCUUCAGUCUGCGAUGGACAAGACUCUCGCUUACAUUAUACUUGCUCUUUUUGCAGCCUCGUUCGCCGUUCCGUUAUUUGCAUAUACCUGUAUUGCUGGAGACCCCGGAAAAGAGUUAAAGACCAUACUUGCGGUCAUGACAUCUAGUUUCUGUCUUACAUCCUGGAGAUUUGGUAACUAUCUGCAGGCGGAGAGACAACGACUACGUUCUUAGGUUUCCGUAGGCACUCUUCCAUUCUUUCUGGCAUCUAGAAGCUAUAACCUUUUGUAAAUAAGCAUCAGACAAGACCCAAUAUGAAUGCAGGC